UCUCCGGCUCGUUCUCUCGCUCGCUCCCUCCCGCGGGGCUUCGGCGACGGCGACGGCGGCACGGGCAGGUCCGCCCGGGCCCCGGUCCCAUUUGUUGCCGAGUCUGGCUCGGGGCCGCCGCGGCGUGCGGAAGCUCUGGAGAGCCCGGCGGGGCAGCCGCGCAGCCACGAAGCAGCAGCCGCGGGACUGGCAGCCCCGCGCCCGCAUUGCCGCCGUGCCCUUCCCCGGGGCGCUCCCCUUUCUCGGCAUGGGAUUGUAACGGCGGCACGGACUCGGCGGGGAUCGCGGCGGAGACGGUGGCGGCCUCCGAGCGGGACUCCAUGUUUUCCCCCGACCCGGAGGAACCGUGCGCCCCCAAUAAGGAGGCGGUGAAAUACGGGGAGCUGGUGGUCCUGGGGUACAAUGGUGCUUUACCUAACGGAGACAGGGGGCGCCGGAAGAGCAGAUUCGCCCUCUACAAGCGGCCCAAGGCGAAUGGUGUCAAGCCCAGCACCGUGCACGUGAUAUCCACACCCCAGGCGUCCAAGGCUAUCAGCAGCAAAAGUCAGCACAGCAUAUCCUACACCCUGUCGAGGAAUCAGACUGUGGUCGUGGAAUACACACAUGACAAAGAUAUGGACAUGUUUCAAGUGGGCAGGUCCACGGAGAGCCCCAUUGACUUCGUGGUCACCGACACCAUCUCGGGCGGACAGGGCAACGAGGAGGCCCAGAUCACCCAGAGCACCAUCUCCAGGUUCGCCUGCAGGAUUGUGUGCAACAGGAACGAGCCGUACACAGCACGCAUAUUCGCAGCCGGCUUCGACUCCUCCAGAAACAUCUUCCUUGGAGAAAAGGCUGCCAAGUGGAAGAACCCCGACGGGCACAUGGAUGGGCUCACCACCAAUGGUGUGCUAGUGAUGCACCCACGAGGGGGCUUCACGGAGGAGUCGCAGCCCGGGGCCUGGCGUGAGAUCUCUGUGUGCGGGGAUGUGUACACCCUACGGGAAACCAGGUCUGCCCAGCAGCGGGGGAAGCUGGUGGAGAACGAAACCAACGUGCUGCAGGACGGCUCGCUCAUCGACCUGUGCGGAGCCACCCUGCUGUGGCGCACCGCAGACGGCCUCUUCCACACGCCCACGCAGAAGCACAUCGAGGCACUGCGGCAGGAGAUCAACGCGGCACGGCCGCAGUGCCCCGUGGGCCUCAACACCCUGGCCUUCCCCAGCAUCAGCCGGAAGGAGGUGGUGGAGGAGAAGCAGCCCUGGGCCUACCUCAGCUGCGGCCACGUGCACGGCUACCACAACUGGGGCCACCGCAGCGACGACGCCGAGGCCAACAAGAGGGAGUGCCCCAUGUGCCGAACUGUGGGCCCCUAUGUCCCGCUGUGGCUUGGCUGCGAGGCAGGGUUUUACGUGGACGCGGGGCCUCCCACGCAUGCAUUCACGCCCUGCGGACAUGUGUGCUCAGAGAAGUCAGCGAAGUACUGGUCCCAGAUCCCCCUGCCCCACGGGACGCACGCAUUUCACGCUGCCUGCCCCUUUUGCGCCACACAGCUGGUUGGGGAGCAGAACUGCAUCAAGUUGAUUUUCCAAGGUCCCGUGGACUAACGCCCCCCUCCAGGUCCCCCCACGGCCGGCCACAACUUGAUUAACAAGUUACUGUGAAGAUUUUGCCAUUAA